AUGCACUUAGCUAUCGAAUUUCCAAAGCUCUCAUUUCUGAAGGCCGAUGUUUAUAUUUUAUUUCAACUGUUAUACAUAGAAAAGUCUAUUUCACAAAUUAAACCUAUCUCCGCCUUCUUCUGCCGUCUGUGUAUGGAACUGAAGAAGGCAAGCAAAAUAUCUAUUAAAAAGACUGCCAGAUAG